AAAUUACCGCUUACUAGUUGCUUGUGCUGUUUACCACGGCGAGCGGAGGCUUAUCUCAGCGAUGUCCGACGGAGCCAAACCGAGGAAAUCCAAACUCUGCUUCUCUUCCUCAUCUUCCCCUUCCUCCUCAACCCUAACUCUAACCCUAGCCCUCAAGAUGGCUCGCCGCUUCCUCCUGAAGCCCACCCUCGCCACGCUCCUCCUCCUCCUCUUCUUUCUCUACGUCCUCGCCCACACCCUCCUUUCCCCCUCCCCUUCCCUCCCCUCGUCCUCCAUUACUCUCCCCCUCUCUCCGGUCCCCAAGAUCUACCUCUACGACCUCCCGCCCAAGUUCACCUACGGCGUCGUCCGCAGCUACCUCCGCGCCCGCGACUCCCCCGAUCCCCUCGACGACGCCGAUCUCCGCUACCCAGGCCACCAGCACUCUGCAGAGUGGUGGCUCUUCUCCGACCUUUUCUCCGACGCCCGGCCCGCCUCCUCCCCCCUCCGGCGGACCCUGGAUCCCGAUGACGCGGAUCUCUUCUACGUCCCCUUCUUCUCCUCCCUCAGCCUCAUUGUCAAUCCGAUCCGCCCGCCCGGGGACUCCGCGGGCGGAUCCACGGAGUACAGCGACGAGGGGAUGCAGGAGGAGCUGGUGGAGUGGCUGGAGGAGCAGGAGUAUUGGAAGCGCAAUCGGGGGAGGGAUCACGUCAUAGUGUGCCAGGACCCCAAUGCGCUUUACCGAGUGAUUGAUCGGGUGAGGAAUGCGGUGCUCCUGGUUUCGGACUUCGGGAGGCUCCAGCCCUAUCAGGCGUCUCUUGUUAAAGACGUGAUCUUGCCAUACUCUCACCGGAUCAAUUCCUACAAGGGAGAGGUUGGGGUCGAAAAUCGGCAAUCUUUGCUGUUUUUCAUGGGCAACCGGUACCGAAAGGAGGGUGGAAAAGUGCGUGAUACUCUUUUUCAAAUCCUUGAAAAUGAGAAGGAUGUUAUCAUCAAACACGGCACACAGUCCAGGGUGAGUAGGCGAAUGGCAACAAAAGGAAUGCAUUCAUCUAAAUUCUGUCUACAUCCAGCUGGAGAUACUCCUUCAGCUUGCAGGUUAUUUGAUGCAAUUGUUAGUUUAUGCAUCCCGGUGAUAGUUAGCGAUUACGUCGAGCUGCCUUUUGAAGAUCUCAUAGACUACAAGAAGAUUGCUAUUUUUAUAGAUACCAACAAUGCCGUGAAGCCUAGUUUUUUAGUUUCAGAGCUUACAAAAAUCAGUGAAGAAAGAAUAGUGCAAUACCAGCAAGAACUCAAAAUGGUGCAACACUACUUUGAGUAUGAACAUCCAAACGGAACAGUAAAUGAGAUAUGGCGUCAGGUUUCAUCAAAGGUGCCUCAAAUCAAGCUGAUGAUCAACCGUGACAAACGCCUUGUACAGAGAGGUCCAGAUGAUCACGAUUGCUCGUGUAUAUGUUCUAAAGGAAAUGCAACCUUCAGUGUUAAGAGAUGAGGUGCAGCAGCAGGGCAUCCAGGUUAUCGCCCCGUGGUUCGAGCCCCAGUUAUGGCGAAUUUGUAAGAAUUUUUCUUUCAAAUGGAGCACACAGCUAAACGAUGCCGGGCUCCUGGGCUGUCCGCUGCGAGCACUUCCCGAUUUACUCUGAUGGCUGGUGGGAAACUUCCGUGGGGUCGGGUCGGUCAUCCUAGACUCGACGUUACUCAGUCUGGUUAAUUAUUUUUUGUUGGCUAUAUUUAGGGUUUUAAAUGAAUCUAACGUUUGUGAAGUGUUUGAC